AGCAGGUAGAGAGGCAGGGAGGUGCGGUCGGGGGCUCCGGCGGGCCAUGGAUCCCCGGUUCCCCUCGGCGCUGCUGGCGGCCUGGCUGUGGGCGGGGGCGGCGGCCCUGGUGAACCUGAAGUACUCGGUGGACGAGGAGCAGCGGGCGGGGACGGUGAUCGGGGACGUGGGGCGCGACGCCCGGGCGGCGGGCUUCGCCCUGGACCCGCGGCAGCCGCCGCCGGGCUUCCGCGUGGUGUCCAACUCGGCCCCGCACCUGGUGGACCUCGACGCCGGGUCGGGCCUGCUGGUGACCAAGCAGAAGAUCGACCGGGAGCUGCUGUGCGGGCCGAGCCCCCAGUGCCCCAUCUCGCUGGAGGUGAUGUCGGGCUCCCUGGAGAUCUGCGCCGUGCAGGUGGAGGUCCGGGACCUGAACGACCACGCGCCCAGCUUCCCCGCCGACCCCAUGGAGCUGGAGAUCUCGGAGACGGCCAGCCCGGGCACCCGGCUGCCGCUGGACAGCGCCCACGACCCGGACGCGGGCCCCCUGGGCGUGCAGGCCUACGAGCUGAGCCCCCGCGACCUCUUCGGGCUGGAGGUGAAGACCCGCGGCGACGGGACGCGCUUCGCCGAGCUGGUGGUGGAGCGGCCGCUGGACCGGGAGACCCAGGCGCGCUACACCUACCGGCUGACGGCGCGGGACGGCGGCGACCCUCCGCGCCAGGGCUCGGCGGCGCUGACCAUCCGGGUGACCGACUCCAACGACAACCACCCGGUCUUCGCCCAGCCGGCCUACGCCGUCAGCCUGCCGGAGGACGCGCCGCCCCGCACGCCGGUCAUCCAGCUCAACGCCUCGGACCCGGACGAGGGCACCAACGGCGAGGUGGUCUACUCGUUCGGCGGCUACGCGGGCGAGCGGGCCCGCGGCCUCUUCCACCUGGACGCCCGCAGCGGGCUGGUGACGGUGGGCGGCCCGCUGGACUACGAGGAGGCCCGCUCCUACGAGCUGGACGUGCAGGCCAAGGACCGGGGGCCCAACGCCGUGCCGGCCCACUGCAAGGUCACCGUGCACCUGCUGGACGUCAACGACAACGCGCCCGUCAUCAACCUGCUGUCGGUGCACGGCGAGCAGGUGGAGGUGAGCGAGGCCGCCCCGCCGGGCUAUGUCAUCGCCCUGGUGCGGGCCUCCGACCGCGACGCGGGGGCCAACGGCCGCGUCCGCUGCCGCCUCCUGGGCAGCGUGCCCUUCCGCCUGCAGGACUACGAGAGCUUCUCCACCGUGCUGGUGGACGGCCGGCUGGACCGCGAGCAGCGCGACCGCUACAACCUCACCCUGCAGGCCCGCGACGGCGGGGCCCCGGCGCUGCAGAGCGCCAAGUCCUUCACCGUCCGGGUCACCGACGAGAACGACAACCCGCCGCGCUUCUCCGAGCCCCGCUACCGGGUGGCCGUGCCGGAGAACAACACGCCCGGGGCCUACCUGCUGUCGGUCACGGCCCGCGACCCGGACCUGGGCCCCAACGGCAGCGUGGCCUACCAGAUCGCGCCGUCGCAGGUGCGGGACAUGCCGGUCUUCACCUACGUGUCGGUCAACCCCAGCUCCGGCGACGUCUACGCCCUGCGCUCCUUCAACCACGAGCAGACCCGGGCCUUCGAGUUCCGCGUCCUGGCCCGCGACGGCGGCAGCCCCCCGCUGCAGGCCGACGCCACCGUCCGGGUCGUCGUCCUCGACGCCAACGACAACGCGCCCGUCAUCACCGCCCCGCCGCUGGUCAACGGCACGGCCGAGGUGUCGGUGCCCCGCCGCGCCGGGCCCGGCCACCUGGUCACCGUCGUCCGCGCCGCCGACGACGACGACGGCGACAACGGCCGGCUGGCCUACGAGGCCGCCGCCGACGGCGACCGGUCCUUCUUCCGCGUCGACCCGGACAGCGGCGAGGUCCGCACCGCCCGGCCCCUCGACGACGCCGCCAAGACGGCCUUCGAGCUCGUCGUCGUCGCCCGCGACCACGGCGACGCCGCCCUCUCCGCCUCCGCCCUCAUCCUCGUCUACCUCGCCCCCGGGCCCGACGCCCACGAGGCCCUGGCCUCCGUCAACCUCUCGCUCAUCUUCAUCAUCGCCCUGGGCUCCAUCGCCGCCAUCCUCUUCGUCACCAUGAUCUUCGUGGCCGUCAAGUGCAAGCGCGAUAACAAGGAGAUCCGCACCUACAACUGCAGAAUUGCCGAGUACUCCUAUGGGCAUCAAAAGAAAUCAAGCAAGAAGAAAAAAAUCAGCAAGAAUGACAUCCGUCUGGUACCCCGGGAUGUGGAAGAGACAGAUAAAAUGAACGUUGUCAGCUGCUCCUCUCUCACUUCAUCGCUAAACUACUUCGACUAUCACCAGCAGACCUUGCCCCUGGGCUGCCGCCGGUCGGAGAGCACCUUCCUCAACGUGGAGAACCAGAACACGAGGAACGCGGGCUCCAACCACAUCUACCACCACACCUUCCCCGGCCAGAGCCCCCAGCAGCCGGAUCUGAUCAUCAACGGGAUGCCACUGCCGGAGACUGAAAACUACUCUUUGGAUUCAAACUACGUGAACAGCCGAGCCCACUUGAUAAAAAGCAGCUCAACGUUCAAGGACUUAGAAGGAAACAGUCUCAAGGAUAGUGGACAUGAGGAGAGCGAUCAGACCGACAGCGAACACGACGUCCAGCGGGGCCUGUAUUGCGACACUGCCGUCAACGAUGUGUUGAAUACCAGCGUUACAUCCAUGGGGUCUCAGCUGCCCGAACACGAUCAGAAUGAAGGAUUUCAUUGUAGGGAAGAGUGCCGGAUCCUCGGCCACUCCGACAGGUGCUGGAUGCCUCGGAACCCCGUGCCCAGCCGGGCCAAGUCGCCCGAGCACGGCAGGAAUGUCAUCGCCCUGUCCAUAGAGGCGACCACUGCGGACACGGAGCCUUACGAAGAGUGCGCCACCAAGAGGACUUUUGCCACGUUUGGUAAAGACGGGGGCGACCAGCCGGCCGAGGAGCGGGCCCCCGCCAAGGGCAAAAGGACAGUCGACCUGCCGCUCUGCAGCCCCAAGGUCAACGGCGCCAUCCGGGAAGCGGGGAACGGCUGCGAGGCGGUCAGCCCCACCACGUCGCCUCUCCGCCUCAAGAGCCCACUGUCUGCCAAACCCCCGGCGUCCUACAACAUAAUGCACUGUCCAGCCACCAACCGCGACCUGGAGCCGUUUGCGAACAGUGGGCCCUCCAGGCCGUCCGAGGCAGAGCCCCGGGGCGCAGACAGUGAAAACAUAAUGCAUGAAAUCAACCCGCUUCUGCAAGAAUGUCGAGAAAGAGACUCACCGGGAGGGAAGAGAUUGAAAGACAUAGUACUCUGAACACGGCACAAAGGAAGGAGAAACGAUCCGACGACAAGCGCGUAUUGUUUUUAAUGGCUUUCCAAUGGUUCACAAAUCGCUGUAUUUAAAAGCUUUCCCUAAAUGUAUCGUUUAUAAAUGAAGCUAUCGUUCUGUGACAAUCCCUCUUGUUUCAACAGGCAGCAGGGGUGUUCAGUUGGAGCAAAUUUGCUUUGGGUUUCUUGUUCACGGGGGCCGUUGGAGUGGGGAAAUGGUAAUGCAAAUUCAGUCGUAAGAAGUAUUCUGUACUAAGUAUUUUGAAUUUAUAUAUUUUUCUAUAUCAAAAUUAUAAUAUCAAGUACCAUUAUUUGUAAGAAUUCAAUUGAAAGCAAAUGAUCUGGACAGCGUCAGUAAACGCACUAAGUUUUUCGUAAUGUAGACAAGUAAUGGCCAUUUCUUGUGUACCAGUUUGAAAGAAGCCAGUGGCUUAAAACAGUUACCCGACCAAAAGUUGUUUCUAGAGCUCACGUCCUUGAAAAGCUCACGUCUAGAGCUCUUUUGCCGUGGACACCCCUGAUUAAGACCCCUUUUGCUGUCACAUGCUAUCUGUACUAUUAUCGUAUUUGAUAUUGCAAAUUACUGUAUGUUUAGUGAUGGCAAAAGGCUUUAAGGGUUUUUUUAAUUUUUUAAAAAAGCAAAUAGAACCAACGGUACCUAUGGACCGAAUAUUGGAGACCAGGGGAAAAACCGCACAUUCCCGAACCCUGACAGCAAAGACUUCAUUGUCUCAUCCAGGGUACUCCCCUGACCUUAGCGUCUUCUUAAGGCGACGAUCAUUGUGGAAAGUCUUUUUUGGGUCUUAUGAUGCCUAAUUUGUCAGAAAUAUUGAGCUGAAAUUUUAUGUGAAUCACUUUUUUUAUUCCGGUUUUCAGGCACCAAAAGUUCCUCCAGUAGAUAUUGGUUUUCGGGUUUAGGCACUCCCCCUCUCAUCUUCUAAAAUGCAGAAUGGCUGAAUCUACUUAGAAAUCUAAAUUUGCCUAUCUUUAGAUGCGCAUGCACUCCCUGAUUUGGUUUUCCAAUCAUUGCUAGAAUUACACCACCUUAGUGCAUAGGGAGUUGGAAUGGGGAGGAUUAUCAUUUCCUUCUCCCGCGGUCUUCUAAAUAACUGUAGAGGAAGCAAUAUGAAGUGUACACUUAGGAAAAACCUGGUGAAAUGUAACAACGUUACUAAUCAAAAUAAUGUGCCUUCCAAAUGAAGAAAAAUGAAAGUGAGUCUUUUCGUAACUAGUACAUUUUUGUGUGAUGAAAAAUUUAAAUAUGUACAAAACUGUUAAAAUAUAAAUCCAUUGGAUUUACUUAACAGUUUUUGGGGUUUGUUUUUGGUGUGGGAUGGGACAUAUAUAUAUGUAUAUAUAUAUAUAUAUAUAUAUAUAUAUAUACAUGGAUAUAUACAUAUAUAUAUGGAUUUUCUUUUAAACCAAACUGUACAUUAUUGACUGCUUGGGUGUGUUUUUUUUUGUUUUUUGUUUUUCUUUUUCAGGUAACUAUUCAUUUUUGUUCCUUUUUUUUCCAAAUCAAAAAUAUAUCCUUACUGCCUAAUAGUUCACUUCUAUGAAACAAACAAAAACCAACUCACAGAGAUCUCACCUCUUCUUGGCCUUGGCACUAACACAGAUGUGUCUUGGAACUGGUCUCAUUAGUAAAAUAUAUUGAAAUUCUGAAAUAAAUGCAGAUAGAAAGCUCCUGGUGCCAGGGCACUCAAUUUCUGAUGAGCUCCAGUCUUUUUUUUUUUCUGGAGUGAAGGUAGGGAAGUCAAAUAGGUUUAAGUUUUCAGUUAUUUCUGUGAGAGCCCAUGACUUGGUCCAUUAUUAACUAUAUUUGAUGGGGGUGUGAGGGGCUAAUUUAAAAAAGUUUCCAGCAAAGAACCGCUAGCGAAACUGCAAACACUUCCUUCAUAGGACAACUACCUCAGUCAAAUGUCUCUGCAACCAAUGGCCUUCUGAAAUGGACCCAGAAUGAGCAGUCCACUGUUGCUUCACAAAACUUUGGUUCCUUUAUCUCAGAUUAAAUUCUCUAGUUUGUAUUGGGACACAAGUGUGACUGCUCUUGCAUGGGCUCUGAACAAGUGCUAGGGGAGGCAGAAGACAGGUGCCUGGAAAGACAGAGUUAUCUCUACGGAAUCACACAGCUCCCGGCAGCAGAGCGUCACCCAGAUAGAUGAGCGGCGGCGUAGAUUUUUCUUGCUUUCUGCAACUGAGGAUAUCCAGCUCCAACUUGUCCAUCUUCCCCAUCAAGCCACAGUCCGUGUUCUGGCCCAUUCCUUUGGGUGGCUCUGUAUCUGGUUGGGGAAAGUCAAGGGCUGGCUGCAAAAUAGUUUGGGAGAUAGUUGACCUGCACAUUUUCUAAAAAGUAGCAUUCUCUAGUCCCACUCGCUCUCUGAAUCGCGGAAACACUAGUGCAGUGUUGGGGCUUGUGAGUUGGGCAGAAAGUACCUCUACUGGUUCAAGAUGUGAUUUGAAGACUGGGAUAGAAUUAAUGGGGAGAUUCAUUUUCCCUAUUCCACUUGCCUGGCAAAGACUAAAGAGACCAAAGGGUCAGACCUCAGGAAUUCUCCUGGCUGCAAGCAUGUGAUGUGCCCUCCCCUCGAGAGGUAGAGUCCCUUUUGGAAUGGCUGGGGCUCCAUUUUGUUUCAUCUCACUUCCUGUUUGGGAGAUACUCUUGUACCCAACAGCAGUGACCUAACAACUUGGGCAAUUCCUAGGACCCAAAGCUCCCCGCUACCAUAUAGUUUUUUAUUUUUUAAUCCUGUUUGUUUUCCCAGUUUGGGGAGAAAGAAUCACCAGGGAAUGGGGACUUAGGAGUCAUUUAAUAUUGUGCCUCCUUUUUCCCUUCCCCUGUAAAGAGUAAGGUAUGAACCUGUUCAAAUUAAGACUCUCUUCAACCUCCAUCGCCACAAAGGCAGGUAUCCACAGAGCCAUCAACCUUAUUGCAGACAGCUCAUUGUCAAACCUUGAAUCCACGUGCAAGGCGUUGAUCGAAUGACCAGAUGCAAUAUCAGACAUGCUGAUCUCCAAUUAAAAGGGUUAAAGGGAAAUUAGCCCGAGAUCCCCAACUGCCUGACUUUUGGCUUCUUCUCAAGAUAUUUCAUCUUUUCAAUACCUUUUUCUUCUAUCUGUGCUUGGUAGUGUGUUACCGAUUUGUCUAUUUAAAAGUUAGGUAUAUUAUCCCCAAAAUGCUAAAUUGGAGGCGCUGACUGAAAUCGGAGAAGCAAGGUGCAGUCUGGGAGUGGGAUCAGGGAAAGGGAAGAGGCACAAGGGGGGUCUGGGAUUUAGGGUCGGUAAAGGGUUACUGUAUAUUACAGCAAUGUUGAUUGUAAUUUCAAUUCAGCUCAUGAGAACCACUUUGAUACACACUUUUCCCCACACAUUUAUCUUUUUGACAAACAUGAUCCACCCUGGGCAGUAAGAAUCUUUAUAACUAGUGGUUUGUUUGUUUUUUUGUUAUAAAUGAACUUAAGCUCAUUGUAUAAAAUCUUAGUGUUUGGUUGGAUAAUUAGGAAACCAUUUCAUGAGCUCAAUUGUCUUCUAUAGUGAAGUCCAUGGCAGCACUUUCUAAAAACAUAAAAAAGUAAUCUUCAAAGGGGAAAGUUUGGGAGAGGGUGGAUUUGCGUGAAUAAAACAAACAGACAAAAAAAUCACUUAAGGGCAUAAUGCAUUGUCCUGAAGUUGAGACUACGCCUGUUUUAUUGUGAGGCUGGAGAUGGCCUUUGGGUAACGUAUUGUGCCGAAGUGAAUUACUUUCAACUAGGAAACAAGUUACUUUUGUAAAGAGCAUAUUGUCUGAUUAAUAUGUUUAAAUUGCUCUUUGAAAAAAAAACACAAAACCCUAAUUACCCAUGGAAACUCAUUGUCUGUCACUGGGGAAAACUGAUGAAUCUUGUUGGUUCAGCUGCUUUUGCAGCUAAAGAUAAUCUUUCAUCCAAUUUAGGAGUUGCAGUUUACCUUAGUGGAAGAAUCAGGUACCACCAUUCCAGUGCUGGCAAAGGGGAUUUUCCUGGCAUCAGCUGAUGUUCAGCUGAUCUAAGCUGGGGUAGAAUCUCUAGUGACCAAGAAUCAGUGCAGCACAAACUAGAUUGCAGCAACGAAUACCUCCUUGUGCUGUUUGAAUGCUAAGGUAUUGGUUGUCUCAAGUCUACAGCUCCUCUACUUGAGAGGAUUUGGCCUACUGACACAUUACUGUUUACCUCCCGGACCAGGGUGAAAUUUCAGUGGGACUCAGUGUGGUAUGUCUCAUCAUGCAGUCUGUUGCUGAUAAUAUGAAGAAUAAAUUGUUGUAUAUGCUGAUCUGUAUGUUAUGUACAUUUUCACAGUGAUUGAUUCAUUGUAAAGAAAAAAGAAUCACCAUUCUGUCUAUUUUAUGAAAAUGAUAAAGCAGCUUUAUUAAAUUAUUACAAUUAUGUUUCAAAUGGUAUAUCUGCCACAUUGUUUCUUUUUAUCUGAUGGUUCUUUGUUUUCCAACUUAAAUGUGUUUUCUCUGCUUCAAGCAUUUAAUGCAUUUUAGUAUUAAAGGCAAUUAUGGAAUAAAA